AUGGCUUCUUCCACAGAGGCUUUAGUCGCCGUUCUUAUUCUGGGGUUUUCUCUUUGCUCGUUGAACGACAUCAUCGUCGGUACUGUCAGAACCGGAAACGAGAUACAGGGUAUGGCUGAAUGGAAGGUGACAAUUACCAACAACUGCAAAUGCAGUCAACAUGAUCUAAAGCUUACUUGCAAAGACUUCCAAUCGGUCGAAACUGUGGAUCCAAGCAUUUUUGUGCAGCAAGGUGACGAUUGCCUUGUUAUCCAAGGCAAUACUUUGAAUGGCUUCACUUCAGUCAGUUUCCUCUAUGCUUGGGAUCCUCCGUUUUUUAUGUUUCCUUCUAGUUCUGUCGUCGAUGACUGCUAG